GGAUUUCUAAGUGGGCUUAUUACACAAAAUUUACAUCAGAUGAAGCCAUUAAGCCAAAUAUUGAAUUCAUACAAAGAAAUUAAAACAUUUAAGUAUACAAGUUGAAUCAUAAUAAAUAAAGUGAAACAUUACACUUAGAAAUCCAAUUACUGAUAAAAAUGCUGAUGUGUCAAAUAUAUAUAUUUAAUUUCUGUUUAUAGACACAAAAACUUGCAUCAUAAAAAUGCAGUUUCUCCCCCAGUACACUUUGUACUGCUUUGCAUUUUUAACACCACUUUACUGUACUGAAAUGCAGAAGUGCAACCUGUCCGCACCCAGACUGUUUGCUGGCUAUGACCUUUUUUUAUGUUAUGAAUUUUAAUGAAGGAAGCCGUUUAUUUGCAUGUCGCAGCAGUUUGGUCUGCUUCACUUCCCCAUCUGGUAUGUCGUGUUGUAAAUAACAUGCAUCAUUUCCCUCGUGGUCACAGGGAAGAAAGGAUUUUUAAGGGACAAGUGGGUCUAUGGGAUCUUACGAAAAGGGCUAUAAUGAAAUAUGAUAAACAAAACAUGCAAAUGUAUAUUGACAAACACUACAGUAACUAUUAAAUGUUACCAGAAACACUGCUUCAUGUUCAUUAGGUAUAGUUGUAAGAUAAACUCAAUUUUACGUUUUUUGCCGUAAAUUGAGAAGGGGAGAAAUAUAAAACUAUUUUAAUGUCUUGUUGAUUGUCUUAUUUUCCGAGCCCCCAUCCAAUUGCAAUGACCUAAUGGGAGCAGUAUUGCUUGACUGAAUAUAAGACCCAAGGGACUGAUAAGCAGAGAUGUACUAUAAACACAUGGAAAAGAUUAAAUCACAUUUGCAUCCAGUGGACUGAUAUAAUGCACAUCACACAUGAUUUCAUUCUGUUGCAUUCACUUCAUUGUGUGAUGCGUUUUUCCUUUUGUUAUUAAUGUCAAAAUAAAACAAAGUCAUUUGAGUUGAAUCAUUGCAACAUCUAUUUGACUUUUACAUUGUCUGUAGAUAUUGUCAGUGAUUUUUCCCAUGCAAAACCCACUGCAUGGAUGUUGCACGGUGGUUGCUAGGGAGUUGCUACGGUGCCUUAGAGGUCUGCUCUAAGGAAAACAGCCCAUGUCCAAGUCUAUGAUCAAUUUUAGCUAUAUUUCAGGGUCCUACCUCAAUUUAAGUAUUGUAAAGGAAUGGGAAUGUGAAGGCACGCUCAUCCAGAGAUUCCUGCAAUAACCGAGCAGCUGCCAUUUAAAUGAAUGAAAAUGGCAACACAUUGCCAACUCCAGAUCUGUGGCGAAGGUGAUUUAAUCUCUCACGCCUCAUUACGGAGGGAGUCGCCCGUGCGCGCGCUCGCGUCGCUUUGCGCACACAGACCGCGAGCGCAUCUGCACGCGGGAGGAGACGCUCGUGCGCUGGAGAAAAAUCCCGUGUGGGUGGAUGAUAAAAAGACAAACAGCCUGGAAGAGGAGAAGAGAGGGAAUCUGGAUUUAUGCGCACCGCGGACAGCGCACGACAUGGCCACUGCAUAGGAACCGAACGCCGCUGCUGCAGAGUCAAAGAUAAAGAGAAGAUACAACAGAAGAAGCUAUGAUGGCAGUCGAGGAGAAACCUCCUGUGAAGGGCAGUACCUCCAUAUUACCAUGUUUCCUGUUUGUAGAGCUGGUGAUAAUGGCAGGCACCGUUCUCCUGGCGUACUACUUCGAGUACACCGACACGUUCCCCGUUCACGUCCAGGGAUUCUUCUGCUUUGACAAGGCGUUCUCCAAACCCUACCCCGGACCGGAUGAGACCAGUAACGUGCCACCGGUGCUGGUGUACUCUCUGGUCACCGCUGUACCUACAGUAACGAUUCUGGCCGGAGAACUGAUGGUGUUUUUCAUGAGGUCAGAGGUCACACAGGAGAAGACCAUAGUCACCGCAGACUGCUGUUACUUCAGUCCACUUCUCAGACGUAUUAUACGCUUCUUAGGUGUCUAUACCUUUGGCCUGUUCACCACCACCAUCUUUGCCAAUGCCGGUCAGGUGGUGACAGGAAAUCAGACGCCUCACUUCCUGUCAGCAUGCAGGCCAAAUUACACAGCGCUGGGCUGCCAUACAAAUUUACACUACAUCACAGAGCGUAAAGCAUGCACGGGAAAUCCUCUGCUCGUGACGUCGGCACGCAAGUCUUUCCCAUCUAAAGACGCAGCCAUCAGUGUUUAUUCUGCGGUCUAUACAGUGAUGUAUGUAACAUUGGUGUUCAAAACUAAAGGGACGCGUUUGACCAAACCCACAAUCAGUUUGACCCUGCUGUGUCUGGCCAUGUUAGUGGGUGUGGUCAGAGUGGCCGAAUAUCGCAACCACUGGGCCGAUGUCCUGGCUGGAUAUUUCACCGGUGGAGCCAUCGCUGUCUUCCUGGUGACGUGCGUGAUCAACAACUUUCAGCAGAUAAAACCUCCAGCCCCGCCGGCUCGACCCCAGCGUCCCGAGUCUGUGCUGGGCAUGCCCAUGGUGGCGCUGCCCUGCGUUGAGAGUCCACUAGAAAAGUUAAGUGGCACUCAGACUCCAAGGGGAUCUUCAUUCACUGAGAUCACAUGACCAUCAGCCUUAUCGGUUCCCCGUACCCCCCGAUGUCCUCAUACCGUCUCGCUCCAUGUCCAGCGAAGUCUAGACCGGCCGUCUCAGCACGCGCGCCACUGCGCCGCUCACCCCGCCGGACGCACCGCCGCUCUGCACCGAUCCUACUCGACGCAGGUCUAGAUUUCCACCCUUUUCAACCUUCAUUUCAACCUUUCCAACCAUAAUCCUCCAUGAUGCAGAUAGGGCCUCCUCAAACAAACCAUUCAGUUUUAGAAAGCCUGGUCAAGGAUCUCAAAUCGCGCCUUUCAGACGAGGUGUGCAUUUGUUUGGACCGUAAGUGGAGGAUGUGCACCUUUUAAAUGCCUCUGGACCUUUCAAAACCAACCCGUCCUAUUCCCCGGGGAACCGAAUGACGUCUUGCACAGCUUGGCGCUAAAACGCAGAACUCUCAAGAGACUGCAGUUUUCAGUUAAGUGUCAGGUAUCUCAGUUCAUAUGUAGAUAGAUGAACUUUCCUUUUUUUAUUGCAUUGGAAUUUUUAAUGGCUUUUCAAAGUAUUUGUGUUUUGGGUUGUCUCGCUUUCCCUGCACCGAAGAAGACAAUCUCACGUGGUCCAACGCACUGAUGUCAAGAUGUUCCUUUUGUGGACAUCAAAAACGUUUUAAGUAAAGACCUCUGAAGUUCUUGAAUCCAACUUGCUUCGAAAAGAAAUCUGAAUGCUUUGAGACAAACGGACACCGACAGACUUGAAAACGUGAAAACAAUCACAGCAUCUUUUCUAAUAUUUCAUGUGCGCUUUGUGCCAACAUGUGAUUUUUCCAGCGGUCAAAUGUGAUGCACGGUGAUAAGAUUGUGAUGUUGUGGCUUUUUCAUGAAUGUUUAAUCCCUCACACAACAGACAUUCCCAAGCCUCAUUUAAAUACACCGGAUGUGCACGAACAGAUAAAGUUUCACCAAGGAACACCUUAGCAUAAUACAAACGGUAUCACUGCCUUUUCUUAUCAUUUUAGGCAAACCAAAAGAACCAAUCUAAAUUAGCCUUUACAGAAUUAAUUAAUGUUUUUUUUUAUUAAUUUAAAAGAAAGGUGAAAAUAUGUACUCCAGCUGUCACUGGGGCAGUAAACUUUAAAAAAAAGUACAGAUAUUAGUACCUCAGAGGUGCAUAUAUUGUAUGUGCAUACAUAUUAGAAUCUUUUUAUAAUGGGUACCGCCCCAGUGACAGCUGGGGUACAUCUUUUGACCUUUCUUUUUUUUAUUGACAGCUUCUAAGUACAUUCCAUUCCAUUAAAUUGAGUCUUGUAUAUUGGUAUACUUUCUCACAUUUGCAUCACCACGUUUUAUGAAUUAAGUGUUGUUUUAUAUUUAUGAUGUUAUGACAGGACCUUGUUCCAAAUAGUGCAGGAUACCUUGCAAUACAACAAAAAUCAAACGUGUAUUUAUUUUGUUAAUACAUGUUCCUGUCCUUAUUGUGAAAAACACCACCAUUUUUCAAUAAUUUUACUAGGUUCUUACCUCAACUUAGAUGAAUUUAUACAUACCUAUCUUUUUUCAAUGCGUGCACUUUUAAUCUUUGUAUACAUGGGUUUCAGCUGGCGUCACGCUCUUGUCUUCCGCCAUUUUGAGGACCUGAAGUGGUCGCAAAAGAACUAGAAGCUAUGCCUUCAAUAUGUUGUGAGCAUCAAAAUCGCUAUUUUUACAACACUAAGAA